UCUUUUCAGCGAAUUGAAUUCUUAAGCAAGCAGUGAGUUUUCCGUAACAUUCUUUGGAUAUAAUAAAAUGGAUAACAUGGGUAUCUCAACGGAACCCAGUUUCCUUGAAGUUGAGCUUCCACAAACUCUGCUUGAAUCACCGUCAACAUCCACAUUUUUACCGGACGAAGAGGCCUCCGUUUGUCCACUGCUGCAUUCAAACAACAGCGCUUUGGACCCGGUCCUGUUAUCAUCCCACCCACUGAGCCCAAAUAUUGUGGCUAACGAUAUUACCUCAUCAAAUAUAAGCAACACAGAUUGCAAGGCGGAAACGAGUUCCUCUGGCAGCAGCGAUGGCAUCGCCAUGGAUGCUAUGGAAUCUACCUCAACCAAUCUAUUCAACAAAGUGAACUAUCAUCAUUUACAAAACAACAAUAUUACCACAAAUCAGGCUUCCAAUAAUCACUUUUUAAAUGGCAACAGACGGCAAUCAAAAGAAACCCCAAAUUUUGUAUCCUGGAACUGGCCAAUUAUUCGAAAAUGUACAUUCUUCCUUUUCAUCUCUGGAAUCAUGGCGAUGUGUUCAAUAGUUAUUGUCAAUAUUGCUACCAUGCCCAAAGUUUGUAACCCAAAAAUUUCAUGGUAUCGAGGGAGUGUUUUUUAUGAAAUAAACCCGGCCGCGUUCAUCGACUCUGAUCAUGAUCAAAUUGGUGACAUCGGCGGCAUAAUAAACAGGAUCGAGUAUUUUGCCAAUAUGGAUAUAUCCGGACUACGGUUGAACUCAAUUUUUCCAUCCGGUCCCUCCAAUGAUAGACACAUUAACGGUUCAUCUCUAAUUACAAUAAGACCGGAACUAGGCAGUUUCAGUUCUGUGCGAAAUUUAGCAAAUAUUUUACAUUCACACAAUAUAAAUUUACUAUUAGAUUUGCCAUUGCAGCAAGUGAUUGCUGCUAGAAGCGAAAAAGAAGUUCUAGAUGUAGUUUCAGAAUCUUUAGAGUAUUGGAUCGAUCAGGGAGUGAACGGAUUCUAUUUGAAAGGACUGGAUUCCUUAAAGAACAAUGCAGCUUUGUCAAUGUGUUUAUCGUCAUGGAAACGCAUACUUGGAAAGAAUAGAGUUCUCAUUGUCGAAGAGUCAAUUUUCAAGGAUAAAUCAAAAUCGGAAAUUUCUCUUCUUCUGGAUGAUAUCGAUUUGGUUGAUGUUGUUCUAAAUGUUGAGAAUAAUGCGAUACAAAUGAAGGAACGCAUACAAGUGGCUUUAAAUAAAAUGCCUAUUGGAGAGGAAGUGACUUGGGUUCAGUGGUCGCUUAGCGAAGUUAAGUCGGACAACAGUCUUCCCUCAUCCAAUCUAGAAAGAAUAUUUCCAGCAACCAUUAUGCAGUUGACUUUACCCGGAACAACAAAUAUUUUGCACACAAAUGAAGUAGCCAUUGCUCAGAACAAUAAAAAUAGGCUUCUUACCGAUCAAGUUAUUCAACAUUCGGAUGACGGAGCGACGGAUCAGCAGACCGAUAGUGAAAUGGUACACAGAAUGAUAUCCUUACGUGAACGGUCUCCGGCAAUUUACAAAAGCUUCAUAUGCAAGAGCGACAGUAAUAAACAAAAUACUCAAAUACUCGCCCAUAGCAGUGCCGACAUUCUAAUUGUGGUACGAAAUUAUCCACGAAAAAAUUCGCUUGUAUCAGUUACAAAUUUUGGGAGUACCAAAGUGACAGUAAAUUUAUCGUCUAAAUUUUAUAGUGGAAUACGCAUGCUGAUGACUGAAACAGACGAGAAGAUAUAUUUCGAAAGACUAAAAAUGUUUGCCUAUGACACGGUUGUUGUUAAAUUGGAUAAGUAAUCGAUUUUAGCAGCUAUGAAUUUAUAUUGUUUUAUCACUUGUAAAUGUAUGUACUUAUUGCAUGUUGAGUUUUAUAAUAAUAAAUAAACCUUCUACAGAAUAUAGUGAA